AUGGCGGCUAACGUCGACAAAUACGAUAAUUUUUUAUCAACCCUCUGUGGACUAUCGUCCAGCACAUGGACUGAAGCUCAGGAAUCUGCCUUGCUCGAGCCCUACACCUACAUCACCGCCAACCCGGGCAAAAAGGUCGCAGAUAAGCUCGUCGAAGGCUUCAACCUCUGGCUUAACGUCCCAAAGGACAAGCUUGCGGUCAUCACUCGUGUUGUUGGUCUUCUCCAUAAUGCCAGUCUCUUGGUAGACGACAUUGAAGACGACUCUCAGCUGAGACGUGGGAUUCCAGUUGCGCAUAAAAUAUAUGGUGUUCCUCAGACCAUCAAUACUGCCAAUUACGUCUACUUCCUAGCAUAUCAGCAGCUGUCCGCUUUGAGGCCUACAGUUCGGCGUCGCGCUUGCACGUCAAGUGCAUGUCCAAACACUAGGGUCGGGGAUGACAGUCCCGCCGCCGAGACGAAACAUAUCAUUCCCGAUCAUGACCUGGACCUUGUAGUGAAUGCUGAGCUCAUGUCGCUCCACCGUGGGCAGGGCCUGGACAUUCUCUGGCGUGAUACCCUCCGCUGUCCCACAGAAGAUGAGUAUGUGGGGAUGGUGAAAGAUAAAACUGGUGGUCUUCUGAGGAUUGCCGUCAAACUAAUGAUGGCAUGCGCUACGACCAACACGAACGUCGACUACGUCCCUCUGACUGAUCUCGUUGGGAUUUAUUACCAGAUACGUGAUGACUACAUGAAUCUUCAGAGCAAUCAGUACACGGACAACAAGGGCUUUGCAGAAGAUUUAUCCGAAGGAAAAUUCUCCUUCCCCAUUGUUCAUGGCAUCCUUGAACAGCCCGAAAACAGACAGAUCAUGAAUGUCCUGCAAAAGCGCCCCAAGACUCCUACGCUCAAACACUACACCAUAAACUACCUCAGAGACACUACGAAGUCAUUUGAUUACACCCUGGCGGUGCUCAGAAAGUUAGAGCGACAGGCUAGGGGAGAAGUCGAGAGACUUGGUGGAAACCCAAUGUUAUCAGCCAUUUUGGACAAGCUUCAUGUUGAUGCAUGA